UAAUCUAGAUUUUCUCUCUGAUUAGGGUUCGUGUCUUCAUAUUAUUAUUACCUUCACAAUGAAACAAUUGCUCUUUGAGUUUUGGUUUAAAAAAAAAAAUGUUUGGCUGCAAAGAAAAGUGAAUGAAGUUCAAUUUCCUUCUAAUUAAUUAUCGUUAUCAUUAUUUUUCCAGUUCUUCUGAGCUUUGAAUUAAUUCUUUGUACCCCAAAUUUUUUUUUUUUUUUGUUUAUUUAUAUGAAAUCAGCACUGUACCUCCUAAGCGAUUACAGUGUUACCCCAUUAUUGGACUACGAAUUUCAAAUCUGUAGCUGAGAAAAAAAAAAAAACAAAAAAAAUUAAAAGGCAAACGAAGAGAGCGAAAAUGGCAGCUCCUUCUUCAUCUUCAUUGUUGUCGAAGGUGGGACCAGCCGUCAAACGCCAAGCCCUGAGCAUAACGGACGCCGCCGCCGCUAGAAUAAGCCACCUUCUUCAACAGCGCCAGCGCCCUUUCCUUCGGCUCGGUGUCAAGGCUCGCGGCUGCAAUGGCUUAUCCUACACCCUCAAUUAUGCUGAUGAGAAAGGUAAAUUUGAUGAGUUAGUCGAAGACAAAGGUGUGAAGAUAUUGAUUGAUCCAAAGGCCCUAAUGCAUGUGAUUGGAACGAAGAUGGAUUUUGUUGACGACAAACUUAGGUCUGAGUUUAUUUUUAUCAAUCCAAAUUCAAAAGGCCAGUGUGGCUGUGGAGAGUCCUUUAUGGCAACAAGUAGUUCGGCUGCUACUAAGCAAGGAGGUAGGUACCAGGUUUGGGAGACGUUGAUCGUCCUGGGCGAGCCCGACGUCUCAGUUCAUUGCCGAAAGUCUAAGAAGUAUUUCCUUUCCUUUUUCCUCUUCAUCUUGUACUGUUUCAUCUGUCAUUGUAUUAAUUCCACAAUUAUUUGUAUAAUGCUCUGUAUACUGUAUUAGAUAUGUAGUUAUUAUUUAUGCACUGAGUUGCUGUUAUUAUUUGAAGUGCUGUAAAUUUGUGGAAAUAAAUUGUAGUAACGUGGGAGGAAUUAGGGGAUGUAUAUAGAAGUGUGUUUUCAGUACAGAAAUUUUUUUAUUAGUCCUACCCUUAGGGGAGGUGCUGCCGGAUUUUCCAUUGGAAGAUUCGGUGGUAUUUUCCUGAGAUCAGGGCUUGUUUAGGGUUCCGAGGAGAAAUCUUGGACGGGUCCUGACAGAAUUAUUGAAAUUGUUGUCAAAAGUACGUACUGGUUAAAUUGAUGUCGAAGCAGAGUAUGGAGUUUUAUAACCUUUAUUGUUAUUUUUCUCAGUUUUUUUUUAAAUAUAUUCUAUAUUUAUUUAUAUAAAUUAGAAGUGAUAGAAAUAUUAUUUGGUCUUCUGGCGCGCGCCUGCCAAUGUAAUUCAACAUCUUUUGUCAUUAGGGCAUCUCUAACCAUCAUCUGUUGUAAAUAAAACAUAGAAUGAUAAAUUUUGUUUAUAUCCAAGGCUAACCAUUCUUAUAAAUACUAUAAAUUUGGUCCUUUUAACAGGACAAUAAAAUUUUGUUUCUUUUA